CAUAGACCCACCACGAUGCAACUAGAGAUCACUGCAAAUGGACAGUGCGCAUCGAAACAAAGAAAGUCUCACAGACAAGAAGCCCAGGAACCUGAUGGAACAAGCAUUAGGGUAUCUGCAGGAAUUUCAUUUCCGACGACGUCUUUCACGCCGGGCAAAAACAUCAAGGAAUUGGUCCUGGCGUUGUUGACCGGUGUAACACCGCUAGGCAGUUUCCCCUCUAGUCAGGCAUGAUGUAACUCACUCAGCCUCCAGAGAUUUACCAGCCUCGCACCUCCUGGAUUCCCUCUUCAACCAUCAUGUCUCUCUGGAUCGGAUGAAAAACUGCGAUCGGCAGUGUCAUGUGGAAUCAAUGGCUCUAUCUAAUGCCCCCAAUGUCACCAAUGCUCUGCGGUUCACCCCGGAAGGCUCAUUCAAAAUCUCGCUCUUCUCCGACCUCCACUAUGGAGAAUCAACAAACACCGUGGGGCCUCCCCACGACGCCCAUACAGCCGAUACCAUGGCGCAGAUCCUCUCCGCCGAGAACCCCCAGCUAGCCGUCCUGAACGGUGACCUCAUCACCGGUCGCUCAAAAUCCGGACCCUCCAACUCCACCCUGUACAUCGACAGCCUUGUCGCUCCGCUAACCGAUCGCCAUGUACGCUGGGCCUCCGUCUACGGUAAUCAUGAGAGCGACCGGGGCCUUUGUCCCGAUGAUCUCCUCGAGCGGGAGACCACCAACUACCCGCACGCCAGCCUGACGCGGAAGAUGGUCGACGACCCGGACGCUGGGAUCACCAAUUAUUACCUCCCCGUGUGGUCGUCCCAGGACGACAACAACAACAGCUCCUCCUCCGACCUCGCGCCCGAGCUCAUUCUCUGGUUUUUUGACUCGCGGGGGGGACAGACAUGUGAGGAGGCAGAGCGCCCGGGCAGUCGGCGGCCAAAUUGGGUAGACGACUCGGUCGUCCACUGGUUCACAAAAACCCGCAAGUCCCUCCAGGAGAAAUACAACCGCACCGUCCCAUCCCUAGCCUUCUUCCACAUUCCGACCUAUGCGAUGCGCGCCUUCCAGGAGGCCAGCGUCGCGGGGCCCGCCGCGCCUGGCCUCAACCACGACAUCGUCAAGCAGCAGGGGUAUAUGCCGGGGGUGCAGGAUUACCGCGAGCAAGACUAUGCGUUUAUGGAGGCGCUGCUGGAUACGGAUGGGUUGAUCGCGACGUUUAGUGGACAUGACCACGGGAAUGAUUGGUGCUUCCGAUGGGACAGCCAACUCCCCUACAUGAACCUCACCGGAAACGGCCUACACAUGUGCUACGGUCGGAGAACCGGCUACGGUGGGUACGGCGCGUGGGCGCGCGGCGGACGGCAGAUCGAGCUGCUGCUGCAGGAGGAGGGACCCCCGCGACUGGACACCUGGGUGCGGGUGCAGGACGGGUCAGUGGGGGAGCGCACCAGCAUCUUUGCGAAUUCGGAUUCGAGCUCGAACACAUCUCGGGGGUCGGAGUAUCUGGGGACGAGUGCGGCGGUCAAGCGGGAGCGGUGGUUUGUUCUCCGGUGGGUGAUGGUUUGGGUGGCCGCUGCUGGUUGGUUUGUCGGAGGAUAUGAUAUAUGAUGGUGGGGUGUAUUCUUUAAGACUGUGUUUAUUAUUAGCGAUGGUGUAGGUUUUACUGAGUAUGCUAUGGUAUAUGGAAUAUAAGGCAUGGAUUACUUCUAUA